CUUGACACUGGCUGUGAAUAACUCUUUUUAUUCGGGUCACUGUGUGCUCGGUGAACGUUUCAAAUCAGAUAUGGGUCAAACCUGAACGAUGUGACUGAAGGUUCUCCUCCCUUUGUCCCCCUGCAGCUGAGGUAUGUUUGAACGUCACUGUUUGAAAGCCACUUCAAAGGAGGGAGAAAACGCACGCUGAGCCACGUCAAGCCGCAGUCAGCAGUGACCUCACAUCAUGUCAUGUGACCACGCGAGUAAUUCAGGAAAAACGAGUUUGGUGACAUUGUGUUUUCAGCGUCCCUCCUUGUUUGUUCUGUGUCCCAGCCUCCUCCGAGGAUAUAUACAACCUGACGGUGUCCGCAGAGGGUACAGCUGCCUUUGCCUCUCCGCCUGCGACUUCGACCGAGCUGAUCAUGGAACACACUCAGUCCUUCUCGGCCCUCAACCAGAGGCUGAGACCCAAACCCCCUAUCGAACAGGUGUACACCUCCCUGAACAGACUAGAGGAGCUGAAGGCGUCCUCGCCCAGGAUCAAAUCUGCACCCGACAGCACCACGGUUCUGGCAGAACUAGAAGCAAAAGCCUCCAAAACUAAACCAGAAGACGACUCGGAGCGGGAAGACCCGUCCUCUGAUGAAGACAACUGUCCGGGACUCUCGAACAACCCAAUCCACAUCACUGAGUCAAAUAUCCACGAGCUCAUCGACGACAACGGAAGCCUUUCCUCGUCGGAGGAGGAAGACCCCCCGGGGGAGCCGCCCUCUGACGGGUCAGGUCUGUCCUCGCAGGCGGUGGCCUCGGACGCCGAAGGGGAGAGGCCCUUGCAGAGCGGCCGCGUCAUCGAGACUUUACCGGACUUGAUCAACAGCGGCAAGCCGCUCAGCAGGCGUCGGACUCUGGGGCACGUCUCAGAGACGCUAAAAGAAGUGCGCAGAGAGGUGGAGCUGUCUCGAAAACGCAGCAUCAGGCUCAAGGCGCAGGUGGACAAGCUGCAGGAGAGCAGCGAUCGACCGGGAUGGAGCCUGCACAGAGAGAGGGUCAAAGAAGAGGUUCUGUCCAUUCUGGGGCUGCUGCGCCCGCUGACAGAGUCGGGGUCCAGCCCGCGUCCCAAAACCUCUCGUGGGGAAAACCACCUGGACACAUCGCUGGCCGAGCUGCAGAACGUGGCCCGCAAGUUGGCGAUCAGCCACACCAAGCAGUUAAAAUCUGGAAAAGGAGCAGAGGAGAGCACGAUCCUGCAGCAGGCGUUACGGGACAGAGAUGAGGCCAUGGAGAAGAAGAAGGCGAUGGAGGCCGAGCUACUACGGAGUAAAACAGAGUUGAUGGUGCUGAACAACCAGCUGCUGGAGGCGGUGCAGAAGCGCCUGGAGCUGGCGCUGGAGCUUGAGACCUGGAAGGAGGACGUUCAGCGUAUCCUCCACCAGCAGCUUCAGAGUCAGCAGCAGGCCGAGCAGGCCCAGAAGAAGCCCUCCGGCCUGCGCACGCUGAGCAGGAACAUCAAAGUGCCCAUCCAGCGGCCAUCAAACUUCCCUUUAUCUCGGCCCGUCUCCCCCACAACCAACCACAACCAGAUCUACAUCCCCAGAGCUGCAGUUUCGACUUCCCCGAAUCCCAGCCCGUCUCCGUCCACCCCACGCAAAUGGAUGGACAGGCUGAGGAGGAAAAAGAACGGUCCUGACGGAGGCCAGGGUGCAGCGGAGCUGGAGUCGGAGGUCAGAGGCGACGCCGGCUUCAAGGUCAUAUCGCUUGAUUAAAACGGGAGAGGACUGAGAGCAAAACUACUCACGUGUAACAAUUCCCCCAACACGAAUGUGUUUGUCUUAUGGUCCGUAUAAGUGAGUUUGACACUAGAUUGCUGUUCCCACACUAAGUUGCUGAAGAGGGAAAGUCUCUCUGUGAUAUAAAAGCGGAGUGCGACACGCGUGCGUACGUGAAGGAUUUGUGACAGAAAGUAGCCGAUGGUGGUCAAGUAUGCGACUUGAGGGCACAACAACCCUGAAAAUAGACUUUGUGCUGAGUUUGGAUGCAUCAAAUCCAUCAGCUAAACCCCUGGAAGGAUUAAUAGUUACAUAUUUAUAGAUUCAAUAAGCGAGGAUGAAUGUAUAUAAUUUUAACACGGUAAUUGAAGGGGAUCUUGCAGAUAAUCUUGGGAAAACAUGCUUUGGAUCAUUGACUGUUAUAAUGUAUUUUUCUGAAGUAUAACUGGGAUCCUAAAUGACCUAUAGAAUUGUUUAACACUGUGACAGUUGAUUGCCUUUUUGACUCCUCACUGUCUGCACUUUUCAUUUUUGUAUUUUCCAGAUUGAAAAGAAAGAACCAUAAACUUUGUAGCAGAUUUUAUUGUAUAAUAUCAGUUUGUACAUUUUCAAUUAUAUAUUAGUAACCCACUUCUAUUUCAUUCAUUGUCAUAUCUAAAAUGUAUAUAUGCAGAUAUCGAGAAUGAGACGUACAUAGCACAGCAAAGCUACACCUGAUGACAAGAGAAAAGGCAUGCUUAUAGUGGAACAAUAUACAAUCCAGAGGAGACGAUUAGUCAUAACUUUUCUAUAUAAUUGAAUAAAUGUCUUUUUUUUCUA